AUGGAAGAACAGGAUCAUUUGCCCAGUACUUCAAAUUCAAAUGCCCAAGAAUCGGAACCUUUCGAGUUCAUUGAUCCUAACACUGAAGUUGCUCCAAGAGAAAAUGAUGAUCUUGAAGAUUUAGCUAAUGAAUCGCUUGGAGAAGGUUCGGAAUCGGAAUCGGAAUUGGGUGAAAGUGACGUUGAACAAGCGCUUGAUGAUGAGAGUGAUACAGCAUCUCAACGCCUUGCCAGGGUUCGUAAUUAUGAACGAUACCCAUUCAGUUUCCCUGCCAAUUUUCAUGUCAUGUACAUUGGACGAGAUGUUCCUCUUCAGAGUAAACAUACUAUUUUCACCAAGGUUAGCGAAAGUUUAUCCCAGAUUUUUUGGGAUGAAGCGGAAGGUGCAAUUAAUGAUGUUGGUUUAGAGAAGAGACUUGUCGUAUGUCCUGUCAGCAAUAUUCCUCAAGAUGGUAGACCUCAAGUUGAAUACUUUCAAGACUCGGGAGUUGCAAUUUGUGAAGCUGAUCUCACAAAUGGACCUUACACCAAGGCAUUCGAAUUUUUGCAAAAAAAAUUCGCAAAGACUGAUCAAGACUCUGCCUUGAUUGAUUUAUGCAUUGUCUUUAUACCUCAGGACGCUUCAACUUUAGAUGAACAUUUCCGUGAUGAACUCUUGCCUACUAUGAAAAAAUUGCAGGAAAAGGUUACUUUAUUGCCAAUCAUCAAUGAUCAGGAACUUACUUUCAGAGAUGAAAAGGAAGAAAGACGUCGAACCAUUUUAAAAUCUUUUGAAGACAGGGGAAUUGAAAUAUUUACAUGGAAAGCUGACCAAAUGAUUCAAGAUAGGGAUCGUAAUGGGGAAUGGGUAGAAACUGUGUACACAAAAAAAGUUUUGUUCGUAAAUGAGUUCACUACAUUUGAAAAUCAAGUUGUUUAUGAAGAUUUACAACUUUUGCGCUCACGUGCAAUUGAAUUCAGAAAAGAUCGACAACGUAAAGAACAAGCGAAGAAACGGGCUCAAGAGUGUGAUAGAUUUGCUGCCAUAUUAAAAGAUAUUAUUAUUAAGUGUAUGAUCCUCUAUACAAUUUAUUUAUUCUUUACCGGCGUCCGUAAUUACGCGGAAUGGGCAGUUAUUCCUUCUGAUUUGAAAUCUUCCCUUCAAGCCGUGACAAGAGCAUCUUUAAAAACCCAGAAUCAAAAUAGACUUCAAACGAUAUCCCUCGACAACGGCGAAACUCAACCUUUGAUUGAAGUAUUUCAAGAAUCUUCGAGUAGGUUCGUGUUUAAUAUAAUGAGUAAAAAAAGAUACGUCAGAAAUCGAAAGGAUGUCUUUGAGGUCAUUGUCACACAUCAUCCACCUCAAAUCUUGGGUCGUUAUGAUGUCCAUGAAAUUGACGAAGGUCGAUAUGCGUUUGAUAUCAACACUAGUGGCUCAAAAGGUGAAGUUUUAGUUGAAAUCAAGGAAAAGAAUGGUUCAUCAAUAAAAAUCAUUACUUGGAAAGAUAAAGGUGAAGGCAUUAGAAGGAAUAAUGAUACGCUUAAAGAGCAUAAAGAAGAUCCUACUUUCAUGGAAUACGUUCAAAGCGGAGCUGUCGAUUCUUAUCAUCAGGUGCUUUAUUACUCGAAAUCCGCAUAUGAGGAAGCAAAAAUCUAUGUGGAUUACACUGUAGGACGCAUAGCAGAUGCAUUAUAUAGAGCCAAUAUCUAUAUACAAAAUCAAUUGAAUGAUUUUUACAAGUAUCUCGAAGAUAAUGCUAAUUAUUGGAAACCAAUUAUUCGCGAGAAAUAUUUGUAUUUGAAAGCUACUACAAGAGAAUUUACCAAAGAAGGGCGUUUAAAGGCCAAAGAAGUGUAUUAUAAAGUAGAAGAAGGAGUGUUUAAUUUGGCGCGUUUUUUAAAGGAUCAAUAUGACGAAUUUUAUGAGCCUUUUUAA